AUGAACAACGAAAAUUCAGAGAUUCUUCCAAUACAAGAUAAAAACUUCCACGUUAAUUUAAGUGAAUUAUCGAAAAUUAAAUUCCCUGUACCAUCUUUUAAGCCUCUAAAUACGUUUUCUAUUUCAUCUAUUCUUUAUCAUGGGGAUACAGCAUCAAUAUUUAAAGGACAUUACGACAAUCAAGUAGUAAUUAUCGAGACAUGCACAAGAAUCCCAUUUCUUUUAGUUUGUAGAGAAUAUCAGUAUUUAACGCAAGAACUUAACCAAAUCGAAAAUAUUGUUAAGAUUAAGGCUCUUACGAGAAAUACAUCACUUGGCGUUGUUUCAAUUGCAUACGAAGACAUCGAUUUCGUUCCUUGGUCAACACCAAUCCCAGUUGACAAUCUUAUUCCAUUAUUUAGCAUGCUUCUUUCAACUUUAUCAAAAAUACAUCAUAAGAAAUUCUCUCAUGGCUCAAUUUGCAGAUCUAGUAUUUAUAUCAGCCCAGAUUUCAAGAAUUUGACCAUUGGCUGCUUCCAUGCGGCUGUGAAAAUAGGAGAUCUUACUGCCUUAGUUUAUAACCAUCCUUGCAUGCCAAAAUCAAAAAAUACAACAGAUCCACGUAAAAGCGAUUUAUAUUCUGCUGCUUUGUGGUUCCUUUCUUACUUUGAUGAAGAUCCACAUGUUGCUUUGGAAAAAGUCGACAGUCUUCCAAUUCCUCCAGAAAUAAUUUCAAUUAUUCAUAAACUUACAUGCGAAGAUGAAUCAGAGCGUAUCAGCGCUGAUAAGGCAUCAAAAGCCAUACAAGCUUUUCUUAAUCCAUCAGAAUAA